AGGCUAACUCGCAAUCGCGGAGAGCGCACCUCUUACCCGGAUUCGGGAGGAACUGCUGGCCUGAUCAUGGACCCAGAGUGCUCCAGGCUCCUCCCGGCUCUCUGUGCUGUCCUGGCAGAUCCCAGACAGCUGGUGGCAGAUGACACCUGCUUGGAGAAACUGCUGGACUGGUUUAAAACAGUGACAGAGGCAGAGUCCAGCCUCCGGCUGCUACAGGACCACCCCUGCUUAAUGGAGUUACUGUCCCAUGUGCUGAAGCCACAGGACGUGAGCCCCAGGGUCUUCUCCUUUGCUCUGCGCCUUGUUGGGAUCUUUGCGGCCCAGGAGGACUGCUUCCAGUACUUCCAGCAGGGGGAGUUGUUGCUGGGGCUUUUUGGGGAGACAGGUGCCCUUAGCUGGGCAGCCUGGAGCGUGCCCAGUGUGCGCAGCGGCUGGAUCCAGGGCCUCUGCUCCCUGGCACAACACCCCAGUGCUCUGCGCUUCCUGGCUGACGGUGGUGCUGUGGACACUCUCUUCUCCCUGCAGGGAGACCCCAGCCUGUUUGUGGCCUCUGCAGCCAGCCAGCUCCUGGUACACAUCCUGGCUCUGUCCAUGCAAGGCGGAGAGUCAAGGUCCCCCAUCCCAGAAGCUGUUGCCUGGCCCGUCUGCGCCCAGAAGAUUGUGAACCAUGUUGAAGAGUCCUUGCAUUCCAAAGCCACCCCGCAGGUCACACAGGCCUUGAAUGUCCUGACUAGCACCUUUGGGCGCUGCCAUAGCCCCUGGACAGGGGUCCUCUGGGGACGGCUAAGUCCCCCUGUCGCCUGCCUGUUUGAGAGGAACCCCAUUCCAGCUGUGCACUCGCUCAUGGACCUCCUCCUCAGUGUAGCCAGGUCUCCUGUUGUGAAUUUUGCAGCCUGUGGCCUGUGGGAGAUGUUGGGCCAGACUCUGAGCCGCCUGAGCCCCACACAAGCUGGGCCUCUAGCCCUGGGGACCCUGAAACUUCAGCACUGUCCCCAGGAACUGAGGACCCAGGCCUUUGGAGUUCUCCUCCAGCCCCUGGCCUGUAUCCUGAAAGCCACCACUCAGGCCCCUGGACCUCCAGGCUGGCUAGACGAGACUGCGGGUAGCUCACUGACUGUGGAUGCACUCUUGUCUUCUAAGUCGGCCUGUGUGGGGCUCCUUUGCCAGACUCUGGCUCACCUGGAGGAGCUACAGGUGCUGCCCCAGUGCCCCUCACCCUGGCCACAGGUGCCCCUGCUGCAAGCUACAGUGACCAUAUUGCGGCUCUGUGAUGGCUCGGUAGACCCAAGCUCCAGUGUGGGAGGCCGGCUGUGUGGGACUCUGGGCAGCUGUGUUCGUGUCCAGCGAGCAGCCCUUGACUUCUUGGGGACACUGUCUCAGGGGACAAGCCCCCUGGAGUUGGUGCUGGAGGUAUUCGCUGUCCUCCUCAAGACCCUUGAGAGCCCGGAGUCCAGCCCUACGGUCCUAAAGAAGGCCUUCCAGGCCACACUCAGAUGGCUCCAGAACCCACACAAGACCCCCGGCUGCUCUGAUCUCAGCCCCGAUGCCCUGCUGUUCCUCGGAGAGCUGUUCCCCAUACUACAGAAGCGCCUGUGCAGCCCCUGUUGGGAGGUGAGGGACUCGGCCUUGGAGUUCCUGACACACCUGAUCCGACACUGGGGAGGGCAGGCUGACUUCAGAGAGGUACUGCAUUCCUCAGAAGUGCCCGCACUUGCCUGCCAGCUUCUCCAAGACCCUGAGAGUUACGUCCGAGCAAGCGCGGUGAGUGCUGCUGGGCAGCUCUCCAGCCGGGGUCUGCAGGCCACCUCCGCCAGCCCCGAGAACCCGCAGGGCCAACAGGGCCUACUUAUGGAGCUCAUGCAUAUCCUGUCCACGGACUCAGAGGGCUUCCCUCGGAGGGCUGUCUUACGGGUCUUUACUGAGUGGCUGAGGGAUGGCCACGCCGACGUGGUUCGAGACACAGAGUGGUUUGUGGCCACUGUGCUCCAGGCAGUGAGCCGGGAUCUGGACUGGGAGGUGCGAGUGCAGGGCUUGGAGCUGGCGUGGGUGUUUCUCACCCAGGCGAUGGGGCAGCCCAGCCUCCACUGUCCCUAUGCAGUAGGCCUGCCCGGGGCCACCUCUCCUGUCCCACACCUGGAAUUCUUGCAGACUCUCUGCCGUCUACCACUUUUUGAGUUUGCCUUUUGUGCUUUGCUUGACUGUGACCGACCGGUGGCUCAAAAGGCCUGUGAGCUGCUCCUCUUUUUGAGGGACAAGAUGGCUCCCUGCAGUAGCCACCAGGAGGCCGGGGACAACCCCAGCUCAGUCUCAGUGGAGGCUGCCCUGCAGAGAUGGCAGGAAGGGGAGCAGGGCCAGCCCCUAGGGGACCUGGAGCCUGAGGCCAUGCUAGCGAUCUUGCGGUCCUUGGACCUGGAAGGCCUGCAGGGCAAGCUGGCCAAGAGCAGCGACCAUGUGGAGAAGAGCCCCCAGUCCCUGCUGCAGGACAUGCUGGCCACGGUGGGUGUAUUAGAAGAGAUUGACUGCUACUGAGGCCGUCUU